AGGACAUCAGCGAUGAAAAUGCUUGCGCUAGAAUGAUAUUGUGCAUGACGCUCAAGCCUUCACUUGCAAUAAAGAUGAAGCCAGGCUGUGCUUCUUCAAUUGUUCUGGGGUCAUUGUGAACAAUAAUGGACAUCCCAUGUUGUGGCCUGGGUGCAUCCUGAGCCAGCUCUGCCAGCCAGCCUGGCAGGUGCAAACUGGGCAAGCGGCGGACUGGAAGCGGAGCAAGCGGAGCGAACGGAGCUUCGGAGAACGAGUUGUCGGAGUUCCUCCAGUUCGCAGAGUCGGGGUACUGCCGGAAGCGCUUUGGGGCGUUCCAUGGAGCUUGCCGAUCCUUUUGAGGCGCCACAGCAAGAUCAAGCUGCGUGCGCGGAAGGAAGCUACAGAUCCAUGGUCAGUUUUGGGACUUUCGCCCGGUGCCAGCAGCAGCGAGGUGCGUCGUGCCUUCCGUGCGAGAGCACGCUUGUGGCACCCUGAUCGUGGCGGUGAUCCAGAGAGGUUUCAGGCUUUGAGUCAGGCGUAUGCGCAUGCAAUGAACUUUGAGGCAUCCACCGAAUCCGCUGAAAAGGCCACCUCUUCUGUGCGGAGAAGAGCUGUCGAAGACGAGGCAGAGAGACGUGAGCCGACCUUGGAGGAUUUUCUCCAGUGGCGACGCAAACAACGGCCUCGACAGACUGCUCGGAGGGCUGCAGAGCGAGAGCGUUUUGCUUCGAGCUCCCCAAGGCAUGGUGAGAAAGUCUGGAGUGCUCAGCGUAGCCUGCAAGAUGCCGUGCGGCAGGCAGACACUCCAGAAUUGGAGGCGGCCUGGUUGCGGGAGGCGGACAUCGAACAAGUGCGGCAGCAACCGAAGAAAAACCAGAGCAAGUCCAAAGAGACAUCCGAUGAGCAUGUGGGCUACCGCAGCGUCCGAUCGACAAGUGGGACGCUCACUGUACCGAUCUUCCAGAAACCAGAUGGUGCAAGGUACUACACGUCUCCUUUAACUUCGAAGCGUGUCGCUAUACCGUGAGCAGAGAGCAAUAAUUUUCCUGGCACUUACUGCAACUUCGGCUUGUACCGUUAGACAGGCAGUAUUCACCUGAAACUGUUG